UAUGAGCGCCCACAGAGAAUUGGUUGAUUGGUCCACUUGGGAUUGGUGAGCGAGGAUUGUCGUCAAACCUGAUUUAAUUAGGCCGAGCUGUUUUUUGACCAAUAACGAUUUUAAACCAACGUCCAGUUCUCAAUAAAGCGUUUCAAGUGAAGUUUGCCAUCACAUUCAAAGGAGUGAAUAAAGAAUUGUUGAGUUGAAGACACCUAGAUUUCCUCCCUUUCUGCCUCAAGAUGUUAUCCCUCAAAUCGGUCUUGAUUCCAGCCUUGGCUUCAUGUGCCUUGGCCUUUUGCUUCUUCAACCUUGUUCAAUCUCAAGAUGUGGUGAAUUGUGUGAGGACCAAUAAUAAUGUCACAGAUACUUGCUUGGGAUGUAUUUGCGAAGCCAGUAGCAGCUGCAAUGCCACCAUUGGUUGCAUCAAUAACAACGACCUUUGUGGGCCAUUCCUGAUCUCCAAGGCCUUUUGGAUCGAUGCUGGACAGUGCACACUCACUCCCAAUGAAGAUCCAAAUGGAAAGGAUGCCUAUGUUCGAUGUGCCAGCGAUAUCGGUUGCUCUUCAGACAUUCUCCGAUCCUAUUUCACGCGUUUCUUAAAGGAUUGUAAUGGGGACCGAUUGGUGACUUGUGAGGAUUACGUGAUGCUUCAUAAGAACGGAGGUUGGAACUGUGGAACCGAUUUGGCCGGCACAGACUUCUGGGAUCUCUAUUUGGAGUGUCGCCAAUUUGUUUUGGACCAAGGUCAAAACAUUUAAAAAGUUUUGAAAUAAAACAACUGAAUUAAAUGGACAGUGCUAAA